AUGGCAACUGUCGGCUAUGGCGAUGCGAAACCAGUUACUGCAUCCAAGAAAUAUUUAGUCGGGAAGUUGGUAGCAACAGCGACAUCCAUAUGCGGUAUCAUUGUGCUUGCCUUCCCUAUCUCGAUGAUAGUUGAGAAGUUCGCAACAGCACAGCAGAGGGCAAUUGAAGAAGAUCAAAUUCAUCAAGGUUUGUUCGGUGACUCAUUGAUUGCCAAAAAUCAGUAG